GGAAUUGUAAACUAGCAGGUUUUUGUUGCAAGUAGCACAUGACUAAAUCUCGCUUACAUUCAGCGUUGAACCUUAGCAUUUAGAAGCAUGGUUUCAUUUUUACAUCGUCCUGCGCUUACAAGCAUGAAUGUAAACAUUCGCAUUUGAAGGCUACUAUAAACGGAAACGAAUAAGCGAUAUAAAAUUCGCUCAGUGACUCGGGUCUGUACAGUUGCUGGAGGGUAGAGUUGCAGCUAGUCGAGUGUAAACGGGAUUUUUGAAUGUUAUAUGUUCUUAUAGAUGUUAAUAAUAGCUUUAUGGAUUUACUAAAGAGGAGUUAAAAACAAAAGUGCCGUAAACUAUCAUACAUUGUGAUCGCUAAAUUAGCAUUUACAAAUUGGUCGGGCAGACGCAUUACGAUAGAUCUACCGCCUUCCGCUCAGGUGUUUGCUUUAUAUACCAACUGAGCACCCGACGCCGACAACUUUCAAGGAUUCCAGAGAAAUCAUCAUGGAUUGGCGCCGACUGAAGUUCCCGAUUUUCGCCAUCGGCGCCCAGGUGGCGUUCCUGAUUCUGUUCGGGGUGCUCGGGGAGUAUGGAGACGACUCCAAGCCCAUCCACCCGGGCACCAGUGAGGGCUCGCUGAAACUCUACCCAUAUUUCCAGGAUGUACACGUGAUGAUAUUCGUCGGUUUCGGUUUCCUGAUGACGUUCCUCAAGCGUUACGGUUUCUCGGCGGUCUCCGUAAAUCUGCUCGUGGCGGCCUUCGUUCUGCAGUGGGCCUUCAUCGUGCGGGGCAUCAUACACAUGGUGGCCAUGGGGCACGUCAAGUUUGCCAUAUACCUCGGCGAGAUGUUGUCAGCAGACUUUGCCGCCGCCACUGUGCUGAUCUCGUUCGGGGCCGUGCUGGGCAAGGCCAGUCCCCUGCAGCUCCUUAUCAUGGCACUCGUGGAGGUGGUGUUCGCGCAGAUCAACGAGUUUAUCGGGCUCUACAUGUUCAGUGCCCAAGAUGUCGGCGAGUCCAUGUACAUCCACGCCUUUGGCGCCUAUUUUGGCCUCGCGGUUGCCCGGAUGUUGUAUAACGAGAAACACGAGGAAGCGAAGUCAGAGGGGAGCGUCUAUCAGUCGGAUAUCUUCUCCAUGAUUGGUACAAUCUUCCUAUGGCUGUUCUGGCCCAGCUUUAACGGCGGCGCUGCUGCAGGUGACGAGCAGCAGAGAGCGCUCAUCAACACGUACCUGUCGCUGGCCGCCUGCACAAUCAUCACGUUCGCCAUGUCGCAACUCGUCGACAAACGCGGGAAGUUCAACAUGGUGCAUGUGCAGAACGCGACGCUCGCGGGAGGUGUCGCCCUGGGAACCAGCGCCAACAUGCCGCUGCAGCCUUGGGGAGCCAUGCUGGUGGGCUGUAUCGCCGGCGUCAUCUCCGUCCUCGGAUACCAAUACCUUACGCCCCUGUUGAAAGCCAAGCUGAAGAUCCAUGACACGUGUGGCGUUAACAACCUCCACGGGAUGCCCGGAAUCCUCGCCGGCGUCGUUGGGGCCGUCGCCGCCGCCAUGGCUAAACCGGAAACGUGGGGCGAGAGUCUGUACGAGGUGUUCCCACUGAUGGUUCCUAUGGCAAACACGACUGAGUUCGAGACCGCCGUGGACUUGUACGACGUGACCCGACCGGGGUCGGGACGAAGCGCCAUCAUCCAAGGGGGCUACCAGAUGCUCGCUCUCGUGCUCACCCUAGUGAUUGCCGUCGUGGGUGGUGCGAUAACUGGUCUUCUUCUGCGACUCAACUGCUGCGACAACGUGCAAGGGGGCCGGAUGUUCGACGACCGAGAAUUUUUCAUCGUGGAGGGACAGGGUUACCCGGAUGUGGAGGGCCAUGACCAUGACGUCACGCUGCGGGAACGCCACGGCGACAACGACACCACGAAGACUCCGAUGCUGGAGGGUUAGGUGCACCGGAGGUUGCGAGCCGGAUGGAACCAUACCAUCUUCACUUACAGCGAAUUAUAGAUAUUGUAUACAAAGUGUCUACUAUAAACUGAAAGAUAAACAUCAACACACUGCCUGACAAAAACAAUAUAAUUAUAAACGGAUAAAGUCUUUGUAAUAGAUCUUUAUGGUUUUUUUUCUUUUCGAGUCAGUAAUAAACUAUUGAAAAAUGCAUCUGACCACCGUGUAUCAAACAUAUUUUUUUUUUUAAUUUGCAAAUAAGU